AAACGCUAGCCAGUAGAGCAGAGGAGAAAGAUAAGCCUCAGUCCUCACCUCACAGAGUGUUCCUACUACACAAGCAACAAAACAAUGGCUUCAACAUCUGCAUCUCUCCUCAAGUCAUCUCCAGUUCUCGACAAGACUGAGUUUUUGAAGGGACAGGCUCUCCGCCACCCUUCAGUAUCCCUCGUUCGGUGCCACCCUGCACCCUCCUUGGGCUUCAGCAUUCGUGCUUCCUACGCUGAUGAGCUUGUCAAAACCGCGAAAACAAUUGCAUCACCUGGGCGUGGAAUCUUGGCCAUGGAUGAGUCGAAUGCUACCUGUGGGAAGCGUCUUGAUUCCAUUGGACUAGAAAACACGGAGGCUAACCGACAAGCAUACAGGACUCUGCUUGUUUCAGCUCCUGGACUUGGAAAGUUCAUCUCUGGUGCCAUCCUCUUUGAGGAGACACUCUACCAGUCCACUGUUGAGGGCAAGAAAAUCGUUGAUGUUCUUACCGAGCAGGGUAUUGUUCCUGGUAUUAAGGUUGACAAGGGUCUUGUGCCUUUGGCUGGCUCAAACAAUGAAUCUUGGUGCCAAGGUCUUGAUGGCCUUGCUUCCCGCUCUGCUGCUUACUACAAACAAGGCGCCCGCUUUGCUAAAUGGCGUACAGUGGUGAGCAUUCCCAAUGGUCCCUCUGCACUUGCAGUCAAGGAAGCAGCAUGGGGUCUUGCUCGCUAUGCUGCCAUUUCUCAGGACAAUGGUUUGGUCCCCAUUGUGGAGCCUGAGAUCUUGCUUGAUGGUGAACAUGGAAUCGACAGGACCUUCGAGGUUGCCAAGAAGGUGUGGGCUGAAGUCUUCUUCUACUUGGCAGAGAACAAUGUCAUGUUUGAGGGUAUCCUCUUGAAGCCCAGCAUGGUUACUCCAGGAGCCGAGUGCAAAGACAGGGUUGCCCCUGAAACAGUUGCAGCUUACACCCUCAACCUCCUCAAGAGCAGAAUCCCUCCUGCUGUCCCUGGAAUCAUGUUUUUGUCUGGUGGGCAAUCUGAAGUGGAGGCUACUCUCAACUUGAAUGCCAUGAACCAAUCUCCCAACCCAUGGCACGUGUCUUUCUCAUAUGCGCGUGCGCUCCAGAACACAUGCCUGAAGACAUGGGGUGGAAGACCAGAGAAUGUGAAGGCAGCUCAGGAUGCUUUGCUCUUAAGAGCACAGGCCAACUCUCUUGCCCAGCUCGGCAAAUACACCGGUGAGGGCGAGUCCGAGGAGGCCAAGGAAGGCAUGUUUGUCAAAGGAUAUUCCUACUAAGAUGCUCCUACCACCAAACUUCUGCACAGGCACUGGAUAAGCAACUUGCAAUGUAGCAAAAGUAAAAACUGCAUAAUUUUGUAUUCAUAUAAUGCACGCGUACUUCUAGCGGUUUACUAUGUUCAUGCACUUAAUGGGGUUUCAAUGUUUCAAGGAAACACUUUAUGUUUUCAGA